AUGGAUAUAAGUUUACGAAUAAAGAUGAUUCUGAGAAGUAGAAUUAUUUUUGUUAAAUUACCACAAAAUCAGAUUAUUUAUGUAGAUAUAAUAUAGCAUUUACAAAUUCAUGUUCAUCUACAACAUAUAAUCUAUGGGUAAAUUCCUUAACAAAUAUCUUAUGUGAAUAUUAAAAUGGGACAGCUUAAAUUUCUUUUAAAUUAAUGUUCCUCAUACACAAGUAAAACUGGUUUUACAAAUAAACUUACAUGGCAUAAUGUAAAAAGUAAUAAAAUAUUAAAUGAUGAAAAAUUUUAAUUUUCAAUCAACAAAUUUGUUACUACAAAAUAAAAUAUGCUGAUUAUUCAAUUACCAGAAUAUAUGAAGAUUAAGCUGCUUAUUGAUCAUCCUUAAAAUCCAAUUAUAUCAGAAUUGUUAAAUAAUGUCCAUAUAAUUCUAAUACAACAACAUAUGUUGAUGCAAUUUCAGCAACAGUAAUUAAUCCUAACCCAACCGAAAUCAUAAGCAGAUUUAAAUUAGGAAAAGGAAGUUUUAGAGUUGAUCUUGAUAAAUGAACUAUAAAUUCUAUAACGGAGCUUGUUAUACAUUAGUUGCCUGUGCCGGCUAUAUAAUUGCUUCUAUAAUAACAUAUGCUGA